AUGAGCGUCGAUGUGGAUGCUAGCGACAUCGACAUCAAUCAAUGUGACCAGUUGUCUGUGGGGGAAAACGUGUCUGUGUGGCAGAUGGAUACUUUCCUGGGCACGCACAAGUGCCACAACCAGACGAGCAAGUGCGUAUUUACCCCUGGUUAUGGCUGGGCUCGAGGUUCCUACAAGUGCCAUUGUAGAGAUGGUUUUUAUUCAGCAACUGGAAAACCCAUUUUCAACGGUACUCUUGUCGAAUCUGCAUUCAAGGACAAGAUGACGUUAAACAGUCCGACUUAUGACAUGUUAUUCGUAUGCAAAAGAUGUCAACCUGGCUGUGAUUUUUGUGAAGACGAUUCUCCUUGCUUAGCUAAUUACAAUUGGGCUUUCAGGAUAUCAUUACUGACUAUCACUUUGAUUUGUAUUUUCCUGACACUCAUCUUAACGUACUAUGUCUAUCGCUAUAGGAAACUCAAAGUAAUCAACGUAGCCAGUCCUAUUUUCCUAUGUAUCACCCUGGCUGGUUGUAUUAUCAUGUAUUCCGAAAUGGCUGCAAUAUUUCCAGUUUUAUCUAUGUACAGCUGCAUAGCUACAAAAUGGACUCGCCACAUGGGAUUUUGCUUAACUUACAGCGCGCUAUUAUUAAAGACUUGGAGGGUGUCAUUGACGUAUCGUGUCAAGUCUGCGCAUAAAUUGAAAUUGACGGACAAGCAACUGCUACAGUGGCUGUUUCCAAUUCUUCUGGUUAUGGCCAUUUAUUUGGGCACAUGGACGAUCUCUUCUCCACCGGCAGCUGUCUACAUUAAAGAUUGGGACCAGCUGAAGUUCAAGCAAUGCGAUUACAACUGGUGGGACCAUAGUUUGGCCAUAGGCGAGUUUCUCUUCUUACUUUGGGGCAUCAGAGUUUGCUACAACGUUAGAAACGCUGAGUCCGUCUUCAACGAAGCCAAACACAUUAGUUGGGCUGUUCACAGCAUCACGAUUGUCAACAUCAUCAUGGUCAUGAUACAUCUUGUCAUCCUUCCGAACGCUGGACCAGACAUCAAAUAUUUGUUCGGUUUUGUACGAACGCAGCUCAGCACAACAAUCACAGUCAUUCUCAUUUUCGGACCUAAGUUUUAUAGAGUUAUCAAAGGACAAGGCGACGUGUGGGACAACAGAGCUCGCGCCCGCGGAGUCACUGCUUCUUUCUCUCUGAACGGAGUGGGUCCCGUUUAUGAAGAACCUCAAGAUCUCUAUCAAGAAAACGAAGAGCUCAAGGAGGAGGUGCAGAAGCUAGCUUCGCAAAUCGAAUUCAUGAAAAUCGUACACAUGGAGGUGAACAACCGACACCUGAAGCCAAAACAUGGAGGCUUCUUUAGCCAAACGACCAGCAAUCAGAGUCCUGUUAUCAAAAACAUAUACAUGAAGUUCGAAAGUACAGAUUCACCUGGCUCCAGAAUCUCGCCAGCAGCCGAACUCGUCAGUGAAAAAGUGUGA